AUGACCGACGUCAUCUCCCAACCCACCCAAACCUUCGUCUCCAAAUGGGCCGACCGCUAUCGCGGGGCAACAGUCGAAGACCUCGACCCCCCUGCGGCCCUCUCCCUGACCCCGUCGGACCCCAUCUCCCUCGCUUUGCUCUCCGCCUUCGAACGCGACUACACCCACCUCACGGUCGUGGACUCCAAGACCCGCAGCCUGCUAGGCUACCUCUCAAUACCUCACCUGCAGACCCUUCUCUCCUCUGGGCGCGUAAAACCCGAGGACGAGAUUCGCACGGCGAUGAUCCGGUUCCGGCGGAAGGGACGCAAGUACAAGGUGAUCACGAUGCAGACACCCUUGGAGGAGCUCGAGGCGUUCUUUGAGGGGUACGAGACGGGCGGGCAGAAACAGGAUUUUGCGGUAAUUACGGACGAGGGGAGGAGGUUUGUACUCGGGGUGGCGACGCGGGAGGACCUGGAGGAGUUUGUUAAGCGGCGGCCAGCAUAG